AUGGGUGUUUAUCGUUUGGAUUAUUUUCGACUUGCUGGAAUAUGUAUUUCAAUCACAUCAAUUUUGACAAUUUUGAUUGGUGUUGCAAGUUUUGUUCACAUUCAAUCGAAUAUUGCUGAGAUUGAGGAAGAAAUUGUGGUUCGACAAGCGGCAUUCAAAGCAAAGAGUCAAGUUAUUUGGGGAGAGUUAAUUGAGACUGGAAGAAAAACAAGAGUUCCGAGACAAACUGUUGAGGAUAUUUUGAAAAAAAGGAACUCUUCAUCAAUGCAGUCGUAAGUUUGUAUUAUCAAGACAAUACUUUGAAAAUAUAACCUGUUUUUUAUAGAAUGUACCCGUCUUCAUUGCCCACAAGGUUCAAUUGGUCACGAAGGUGCUCCGGGUAAUGAUGGACAACCAGGACUUCCAGGAAAACCGGGUGCGCCAGGAUUUGAUGGCACAGAUGUUGAACUCGAACCACAAGAAGAACUUCCUUGUUCAAUUUGUCCAGCCGGGCCACAAGGGCCUCGGGGAGCUCAAGGAGAACGUGGUUUGAAUGGGCCACAAGGACAUAAAGGACCGUCUGGACAAUCUGGUCGACCGGGACAAGCUGGAGGACAUGGUGCACCGGGGGCUCGUGGAGCUGCUGGAACACCAGGUGCAAACGGACUGAAAGGCCCACCAGGUGACACAAUUGUUGCUGGAGAAGGAAUCAAGGGACCUCCAGGUUUGGCUGGGCCACAAGGACCAAAAGGACCACCUGGAACAAAUGGAAGAUCAUCAAAUAUUCGUGGUCCACCAGGACGUGCUGGAGGACAAGGAGCAAUCGGGGCAACUGGUAAAUUUGGUGCGUUUGGAGAGCAAGGAGGUAUUGGAGCACCAGGUGAACCUGGUCUUCCUGCAACAUAUUGUCCAUCAGAUUGUGGAGUUAAUACGAUUUUAAGUCAGAUUGGAAUUAAUGCCCAGGUAUGUUGAUAAACAUUUCGCUGAAAAAUAGGCUCCAAAGUUCUUUGAAAAAAAAGGUUAUUUAAAAAAAAAGCAACAAAACUGCAACAUCAGUUCAAAAAUCAAAAACACAUUUUUUGUUGCCCACGUGCAUGUAUUCCUUGAUAAACAAUUUUUAUUUCCCCUGAUUACAAGAAAACGUGCACAUUUCAUGGAAAAAAUAAUGCUGUCAUUCAAAAUUUUAGCAUCCUGAAUCGAUAAACGGAGAAUCUGGAGCUGCACCUGCUUCAUAUCCAGAAGAAGUUGAUGUUCCUGAACCAUUCCCAACACCAGCCUCAACAGUUUCUCAAUCAUCUCAAGCACAUAAACCGAGUCAAGAAGUUGAAGCGGCCGAGGAAAAUUUCGAAGAAUCAUCGUACAGAAAUUUCUUUAGUCAUUGA